UCUCUCUCUCUCUCUCUCUCUCAAUAUCUCAAAAAAACGAUACGAAGGAAAACGCAGAUCUAGGGCACACCCCAGCGCCGCCGAGAACUCCGCCGGCGACGAUAAAACUCCGGCGAACUCCACCGCGCCGCCUCUCCUUCUUUCUCUCGCUCUAAUAAAGUGCAGCUUUGUUGGUAUGGCAAGUUAUUCUGGCAGAGGAGGCCCUGCAAAUGGCUCUGUUUACGUAUGUAACUUGCCUUCUGGAACUGAUGAGGAUAUGCUUGCUGAGUAUUUUGGCACCAUUGGGUUGCUAAAGAAGGACAAGCGAACUGGGCGGCCAAAGAUUUGGUUAUACAGAGACAAGGCGACUGAUGAACCCAAAGGCGACGCAACAGUUACAUAUGAUGAUCCACAUGCUGCUCUGGCUGCUGUGGAGUGGUUCAACAACAAGGAUUUCCAUGGAAGCACAAUUGGAGUAUAUAUAGCAGAGUCAAAGACCCAAAGUUCAUGUGACCAGUCAUAUGAUCAACAGCUUAACCAUCCUGCAGAUCCAAGCAUAGUCGGUGACUUGGGCAUGCAGGAUGAUAUCAAUGGUGGUGGAGGUAGAGGUAGAGGACGAGGUGAUGCUUCAGCAAAAGCAUGGCAACAAGAUGGAGAUUGGUCGUGUCCAAAUACAAGUUGCACAAAUGUAAACUUUGCUUUUCGUGGUGUGUGUAAUCGUUGUGGAACUGCUCGCCCUACUGGCUUUGGUGGAACAGGAGUUGGAACUGCUGGUCGAGGCAGGGGCCGCGGUAGCGCCGAUGCUGGUGGACGUGGUCGACCAGCUGGUGGCCCUACAGGGGGCCUUUUUGGUCCCAAUGACUGGGCUUGUCCGAUGUGUGCCAACAUCAACUGGGCAAAGCGCCUAAAGUGCAAUAUUUGCAACACCAAUAAGCCUGGCCAUAAUGAGGGUGGUGUGAGAGGAGGUCGUGCUGGUGGCUAUAAAGAACUUGAUGAAGAAGAAAUAGAGGAAACAAGACGACGGCGAAAGGAGGCUGAAGAGGAUGAUGGAGAAAUGUAUGAUGAAUUUGGAAACCUCAAAAAGAAAUUUCGUGCCAGAACACAGCAAGCUGAAGCUGGACAGGUGCUUCCUGGUUCAGGCCGUGCUGGAUGGGAAGUUGAGGAAUUAGGUGUAGUUGAAAGAAAUGGUAGAGAGAGAAGUAGAGACAGAGGAAGAGACCACAGUGACAGAGAUGGUUAUGGACACAGGAGGGGGAGGCAUAGAAGCCGUAGCAGAGAGAGGGGCAAGGAAAGAGGGAGAAGAGAUAGAGAUCGAGACUACGAUGACUAUGGCAGGGAUCGUGAUCGCAAGAGAGAGUGGUAGUUAAAAUCACUGUUUUUAGCCUUCUUCAGCAUCACACAUGAUGUAUGGCAUUCGAAGUUUGUAGCUGUAUUCUUUCCAACAGGACGAGUUGGUAGAUGCUGAUCCCUUAAUGCUUGGUAUUUGGAUGUCUUUUUGUUGAUAAGAUUUGUGACUUCCAUAUAUUGAGUUAGUCUGCAUUUCUAGCAACAAAUAUGAGUUUGUUGGGGAAAAUUAAAAAGUUCUUCGCUCAUGAUACUGAAGUGCGCAACUUGAAUGAUGGAAAAAAAAUGGUGAUGGAUUUGGUUCUGA